CUGUCAUUGAUUCACCUGUCAGAAUUUGUCAAUAAUCUGAGUUGUCCCGGAAUCUACAUAUAUCUAAAUCGUUUUGGACUGGUUAACCACAACACAUAAGUGCAGUAAGACAACUACUUCGAAAUUAAUUAUCCUAUACAAGAUGUUCCGCACACUGUCCAUUGAACCGAUUAGAGUCGAGGAGCGCUCCAAGGAUGAGGUCCGUGCUAAUAUGUUGGUGUUUGCCGUCACCUGCGCCUUUAUUCGGUUUUUUCCGAUAAUCCUGAGGAAAUUAUCGUAGUCAAGGUUAAGGAUGUUAAGGAGAUAAAUCAGAUAAAAAAUAUUAAAAUAUAAGCUAACACCAAAUUGUUAUAGCAGAAUUAAAAACAAGAAAAGAGCAAUAACAAAUAACAAUAGCAAAACAAGUAUUGAUAUCCAAAACAUCGAAAACAUUUUUCAAAAUUGUGGAUGCUCGGUUGUGAGCUUUAAUCGUUCCUGAAAACUUGACGUUCAUAAGGACAGACGUCCAUGUCUACUUAAUAAUGUUAUAUAUAUAUAUAUAAAUAUACAUACAUUUUGCUAUA